UCGGCGACUCGACUCUGUCCUCCCGUUUAAAACUCGGCUUUAGCGCGAGCGAACGAUUUAUAACCCAAUCUCCCUCCCUUUCUCUCUCUCUCUCUCUCUCUGCUCACCACCUAUCUCUUCACCAUAUCACUUACAAAGCCAUCUCUCUUCAAAUACCCGCCAAAAAGGUUUGUCCGCCGAUUUCCGCCUAUCGGAGCUCGAAUUGGACUCGGAAUUUUGGGCUGAUGAGAAUUGCCGGCGGUGGAGUUCGUGGCUCGCAUCGAACGUUUCGUACGGAUGGGGUUGUUCUUCGUGUGAAUGGAUGAGUUUCUUGCAGUGAGUUAGGGGUUUGAAGGAUUUGUUUGGGGAUAUGGAUCCGCCGAAUCUCGACGCCAGUGUUCCGCCGGAAGUGAAAUCGGACAGCACAACAGCUUUCGUCGGCGAAAAGAGGCUGCCCGAGAAUGACGGAGGAGGUAUUUCCGAUGCUCGGUUGCAUAAGAAGGCGAGAGGGGCUUCGGGCGGGGAUAUGAAGAGGGUUGCCGAGAUUGUUUUGGUUUUAUCGGCUUUGGGGAAGAUGCGAGGUGGGAGGAGUCCAACGGCUGUGGAGAAAGAUCUGAUGGCGGAGGCUAGGGAGAAAUUGGCGGAGAUGUGCGAAGCACUGGCUCCGAAGGAUAUUCUUCCGAGUAAUGCUGUUAGGGUUGUUAUUGAGGAUCUCGGGCUUAAUAGGUCCAGAGAUCAAAGGUUAGGGUUUCGCCCUCCAAAGAUGUCUAUCGCGGAGAAGUUGUCGCUUACAAAGAGAAAGAUGGAAGAAUCCAAGGGGUUUGCUGCACAGUCUGCAACAUAUUCUUCCCCAUUGUUGCAAGUGGGCUUUAGUGCAACAACUGAAGGCCGCAGUUCAUUAUUACAGGCUGGUCAUAGGUUUCCACCAGAAAAACCCACCCAUACACCAGUGACUGCUGGAGCUUUUCAACCUGCUUCAGCUGCAGUUCAUGUUUCUGCUCUAUCUUCUACUCCCUCAUUGAAUCAGUUGCCUGUCAAUGAAAUGCCAUCAACUACGGUGUCCCGGGGAUUGUCUACAAGCCCAUUAGAGAAAGAUUCCUCUUUACCAGUGCCUCGAGUGGAAGUGGCACAUUUCAGAUUAGAUGGAAGAUCAAAUGGGUCAGCUUACACAUCCCAAGUUCAAGCAAAUCAUUCUGGUGAUCAUUUGCUAGACAAACCUGCAACGUUUUCCUUCCAUCCUCAUUCUGCAGCGGUAGCCAAAGUUGGUCAAGUAAACAAGGUACUGGAUCAUACUCCUAUCAAAACUGAAGGAAGCACCACAAUGGCUCUUCAAGCAGCAAAAGAUCAGAUUUGUAAACCUUCUGUAAUUCAAACUGCACCUGGAAACCUGCCGAGUGCAUACCAAUCUUCAAUGGGCAUGAAUUUUAUGCAAACUCCUUCACUUUACACUAAUCACAGUGACAUUGCAAGGAAUGUUCAGAAGUUUUUGCAACCAAGGAUUCCUGAACGUCCUAACUGGAUUCCACCUUCAGUAGAUUACAUGAAUAAGACCUUAUCUUGCCAAAUAUGCAAGGUUACAAUCAAUGACGUAGAAAGUUUACUUGUAUGCGAUGCUUGUGAGAAAGGAGUCCACUUAAGGUGUCUUCAAUCCUACAAUCUAAAAGGCAUUCCUAAAGGUGAGUGGCACUGCCCUAGGUGUCUGAUAUCAAGCAAUGGGAAACCUUUGCCCCCUAAAUAUGGUCGUGUAACAAGAAGUAUCACUGCACCAAAAGUAUCUUCAAGCACAACUGGAGAUCAAUCUUCUUUAGAUAAGGUGGAAAGUUCAGAUGAGAAGAUUAAUCACCAGAAAGUAAUCAUGAAUGGAAAUCUAGGUUUGCAGAAUCCUGCCAAUGUUUGUAGUACAGGCAACAACCAUAAUGAAUUGGCUUUUGAGUUAAGGAUAUCAAAUGAAAGAGAAAUACAAGGGACUGACAUUACAGUAAACAGAAUAAAAAGUGAAACUUGCCAGGCUAUAUUAUUUGAAACUGCCCCAGCAGUUCCAGCUUCUGUUCCUUGUUCUGGUACACCAAAUCAAAGUUUGAAUCAAUCCACUCAAUAUAGUGAAUCAUCUCAAUGUGACAGAGAGAGAUCAAUGUUGGAGCUCAAGGUGUUGCCAAAAUCUGAACCUGAGCACCCUUGUCAAGAAAAACCAUCUGAUAUAGGUUUUGACACUUGUUAUGACUUGCAAGCAUCAGGUGAUUCAAAAGAUGCUGGCAAAACUAGGCCAUUGAAUUGUAUUGAAGUUUCUCCAAAUCAGCAUCCUGCUAACAAUGCCAUCUUCAAAGAGCCUGUGAUGCCUGAUUUAAAAGAGGCUUCUGAAUGUAAGACAAGCUGUGAUAUCAGGGGAGAUGCCCAAGAUGUUGCUCAAGCAAGUGCUUUUGGGGCUUCAGAUGUUGGAAAUGGAGUUAGAGACUUCACUAAGUCUUCAAUAGAUGGCUUGCAUAGUGUGGAUUGGGUUGGUGAUGUACAAGAAGUCGUAGAUGAGAAGGCAUUUUAUCAAUCUUGUCGCAUUAAUGGAGUUGUGUACAAUCUGCUAGAUCAUGCACUUUUUUGUUCUAACAGUAACAAUCUAAGACCUUCAAAGCUUCAGGCCCUUUGGGAGGAUACUAGAACUAGGUCAAAGUGGGCUAUUGUGAAUAGGUGUUAUUCACCAAGUGACCUGCCAGAAGUUGUGGGUCGACCAUGCAUGCCUGAAGAUAAUGAGGUCUAUGAAUCUAAUCAUGAAAGCACCGUAAUGGCUGGUUUAAUUCAAGGUCCAUGUGAUGUUCUUCCUUCUAACAAGUUUAAGGAAGAAAUUGAAAGACGUAUGCAUUUAGGUGAUGGGGAAAAUGAUGGCCUACGACCAGUUUUCAUCUGCAAGUGGGCUUAUGAUGAAUUUAAAGGUGUUUUCCGGCCUGUAACUGAUUAAUCUUAGUCAUGCCCAUUCUUUGGUACCAUUGUCUUUUCUAGGCUUUUCAUGGCCAUGUGAUUCCUAAGCGCUUCCUGUAGUCAGGUAUUCAUUUAAUUGCAGAGACCGGGAAAAUUGAUUCUGAUGAGAAGGGCCACGUGAGAAGCCAUGUUUUGUACAAUAUGUAGCAAUAGUCGAGCUUGUAUUCAUCUCUUUAAUUGUAAUUGCAAUUUUAAUCCUUUUUUUAUCCUUUUUGGUGACUCUCAUCCCUAGUUAAAAUUUGGGAGAGCUGUCUCUGGGUCAUUGAUUCUAAAAUGUUCUUUUUAUCAAAACGAAGAAAAAAAAAUCUCAGUUAAAUGUGUAGCGUUUUUAGUGCA